AUGGACACCACAGCUCCCACAAAUCCUGCAGGUGUGCCUAUCUCCGAACUAGGUGAUGACGAUACGGAGUCCGCCCGCUCGAGAUCGAAUCUGGGCGCAGAGCUUCCGGUUGUCACCGCCCGGGAGGGUCGGGUAGCUCUCACUGAGCAGACGCUACGUUCGCAUGUUGGGUCUCUUGGACCUCAACCAGCAUACGUGCCAUCACGAGCGUCGCUGACACAUCAGCCCUCACCCACAGUCGUAGGCUAUUCUCCGGUGCCUCCAUCGCACACCUCCGUUCCAACUGUCGUGAAUCAGUUGUAUCAGCAUCAGCAAAACGUUCUGAUCAGUGCGGAUCCUGCAUUGAUUAUGGACACAGCAAAUGCAAGACACGCUGAAGCCGUUCGCAAUAUCCAAAGUGAAAACAGGGAGCAAAUUCUCGCUUUGGAAACAGGUGCCAUGAGUCAAGUCGCUCAGCUGAGGCUUGAGCAUGCACAGUUGCAGUCAAAAGCCAGAGCCUUUGAAGAACAGGCUAAUCAAAACAUCCAUGCUGGUCGGCAGGCCGUAGCCCAGUACCAAAUUGAGGCUGAAGCAGCCGCUGCUGAAGCUGAGCAGCUAAGGCAGCGCCUCCUAUCCGCUGAACAGACAGCUGCAAAUGUUGUCGCCCAGGUGGAAACCGAGGCUAAUCGAAGGUUGCAGGCUAAUCAAGCCGACGUGUCAGCUCGUGACAACGAGCUCUCUCGCCUCAAAGGUGAGAUGCAAGAGAUGAUGAGGAUUCAAGCCCUCAACAUGGAGAUGCUGCAAAAGGACAAUGCCGAGCUAAGAACACGCUUGGCGGAAGCCAAAGCUGACCCAUUGGGCAAUGAACCGGAACAGGCCGGGCCUCCUGGUCUAGGACCCAUUCCGAUCAAUACUCCUCCUGGCGAACCACUUGAAGCGCCUGAAAAGAGCGGAAGUGGUCAUGAUGACGAAGACGAUAUGGAUUACCUCAAUCGCAUCCUCGAGGAGGAAGGUUCUGAUCUGGAAGACAUGCCUAAGGAUGAUCCGGGUGCAGCUCGCGCUUCUGACGGAGCCGCUGUCGCCCCAGAUGGGGAGUCCGAGGGCGAUGGGAAGAAGAGAAAACGGGGUAUAGAACCUCGCAAAGCUCUUUAUCAACCCCGCGAAGCGGAAGCUUCAGCUUAUGGGCUGGGGCAUCACAGGUGUACCCAUCUCACUGAUGUUGGGAAACCCGAUGUCGUUCACGAAUUGUGGGAUGAUAAUGGUAACCGCGCAAAGCGGGGGGAGCUGUGGACAGGUACCACUUAUAUUUGUUCUGGUUCCCAUGAUCGCGCCAGUGCUAUGGCCGCUGUGCAACGCGUCAGGGAUAAGAAUGAAGCCAAGAAGGAAGCUAAGAAACAAGCGUUCUAUGAUAUCAACCAAUUGGGUGACAAUCAAGGUUGCAUGUACAAGAAAGUUCGUGAGGUCAUCUAUGACAUGUCGUCCUUUCUGCAACAAGCCAUAGACAAGUACAAGCAACUUGCUGGUCCUGA